CAAAACAACCAGAAGAAGAACUACCACUCUCCGGUCUCGAUCGCCAUGUUGUAAAAUAAGCUAGCCGUAUUUUCGGAUCCAAGGAAGCCGAGGUCUGCUCCUCCUCCUUCAGUUCAGCUGUAAAUACUGGAUUAUUCUCAUCAGUCUACAAGUGAAGACGAGCAUUUCAGGUUAAAUCCACAGUUAAAUCUGACGUAAUAUCAUGAGUUUAUUGAAGGACAGUGAGAAGAUGAGUGAUCCAGAACCCUCCGCAAUCAAAGAGGAAGAGACUGAAAAACAAACAGACCUGAUGGUGAAGAAAGACGAGACACUUCAUGUCAGUAAAGGUGUGACCUGCGAUGUGUGUGGAAAGAGUUUCAAAUGCAAACGGAGUCUCGAGUUUCACUUGACGAUUCACACGGGAGAGAAACCAUACACAUGUACUGUGUGUGGGAAGAGUUUCAGACAGUCGGCAUACCUUAAUCAACACAUGAUGAUCCACACCGGAGAGAAGCCACACAAAUGUGAUCAAUGCAGCAAAAUGUUUAUAAAGGCAUCAGAGCUGAAGGACCAUCGUAGAGUUCAUACAAACGAGAAGCCUUACUCCUGUUCCGUGUGUGGGAAGUGUUUUACACAUCUACAGAUUUUAAGAAGACAUGAGGUGAUUCACACUGGUGUGAAAGAAUUUAUGUGCUUUGCAUGUGAUAAGGCUUUUCUUACAGCUGGACAUUUGAAACGGCACCUGAUGAUUCACACUGGCGAGAAGCCUUACAAGUGUUCACACUGCGAAAUGAGAUUCACCCGGACAGAAUCCAUGAAAGCACAUGAGAGGAUUCACACUGGAGAGAAACCUUUCAAGUGUUCACACUGCGACAUGGGAUUCAGUCGGUCGGAAUCUCUGAAAAUGCAUGAAAGAAUUCACACAGGAGAGAAACCUUUCAAGUGUUCGUUCUGCAUCAUGACAUUCAGCAGAUCAGAAUCCCUGAAAACGCAUGAAAGGAUUCACACUGGAGAGAAGCCUUAUGGGUGUUCAUACUGCGAAAGCAGAUUCAAUCUGUCUAAAGAUCUGAAAAUACAUGAGAGGAUCCACACCGGAGAGAAACCUUACCAGUGUUCAUACUGCGACAAGAGAUUCAGUCAGCUGCAAAACCUGAAAACGCAUGAGAUGAGUCACACUGGAGAGAAACCUUUCAAGUGUGCAUUCUGUGAGAAGCAAUUCACCAGGUCAGAAUCCCUGAAAGCACACAUGAGGAUUCACAUCGGAGAGAAGCCUUAUGGAUGUUCAUACUGCGAAAGCACUUUCAGUCUGUCAAGAGAUCUGAAAAUACACGAGAGGACUCACACUGGAGAAAAACCGUUCACGUGUGAUCAGUGUCUGAAGAGUUUUUCGCAAUUAUCAAACCUUAAACAACACAUGAUAGUCCACACUAGAGAGAAUGCGCACAAGUGUGAUCAGUGUGAUGAAGCAUAUUCGUGUGCUUCAAAGCUAAAGGCCCACCUUAGAGUUCAUACAAGGGAGAAGCCGCGUUCAUGUUCUGAAUGUGGACAGAGUUUUACUCUGAUGGACGAAUUAAAAGAACAUCAGAAAUUACACACUGCUGAAGUUUCAUCGAAGGACAUCAAAGCAGAUGAUGAUGACUGCUUGCAACAAAUUCAUUGAGUGUGACCUGAUGGUGGAGAAUGAAGAAUGGGAAAACCGGGGAACAAACCAAACUUUUUUUUUUUUUUUUUU